ACCCCAGCGCUCCCUGUGUCCCGCACCCCACCCAGCCCAGUGCCCCCGCAUCCUGCACCCCCCUCCCAGCCCGGUGUCCCCAUAUUCUGGCACCUCCAAACCCCAGCGACCCCUGUGUCCUGCACACACCCCCAGCCCGGCACCCCUGCACCCAUAUCCCAGAGCUCCUGUAUCCCCCUGGCCCCCUGUAUCCCGGCACCCCCCGCACUCCCCAUAUCCCGGCGCCCCCAAACCCCGGCGCCUGCGGCUGGGCGAUGAGCGAGCUUAAGGACUGCCCACUGCAGUUCCACGACUUCAAGUCGGUGGAUCACCUGAAAGUCUGCCCGCGCUACACUGCCGUGCUGGCCCGCUCCGAGGACGAUGGCAUUGGCAUUGAGGAGCUCGACACGCUGCAGCUGGAGCUGGAGACGCUGCUGUCCUCGGCCAGCCGCAGGCUGCGGGUGCUGGAGGCAGAGACGCAGAUUUUGACAGACUGGCAGGACAAGAAGGGGGACAGGCGGUUCCUGAAGCUGGGCAAAGAGCAUGAACUGGGCACCCCAGUUAAACAUGGAAAGCCCAAGAAGCAGAAACUAGAGGGGAAGGGUGGUCAUGGCACAGGGCCUGGCCCUGGGCGGCCUAAAUCCAAGAACCUCCAGCCCAAGAUCCAAGAAUAUGAGUUUCCAGACGACCCAGUUGACAUGCCUCGGAUCCCCAAAAACGAUGCCCCGAACAGGUUCUGGGCCUCCGUGGAGCCCUACUGUGCUGACCUCACCAGUGAGGAGGUGCGAACCCUGGAGGAGCUGCUCAAACCCCCGGAGGAUGAGGCUGAGCACUACAAGAUCCCACCCCUGGGGAAGCAUUACUCUCAGCGCUGGGCCCAGGAGGAUCUGCUGGAGGAGCAGAAGGAUGGUGCCCGGGCAGCAGCUGCUGCUGACAAGAAGAAAGGCAUUCUGGGACCGUUAACAGAGCUGGACACAAAAGAUGUGGACGCCCUGCUGAAGAAAUCGGAGUCCCAGCAGGAGCAGCCUGAGGACGGCUGCCCGUUUGGGCCUUUGACGCAGCGCCUCCUGCAGGCACUUGUCGAGGAGAACAUCAUCUCGCCCAUCGAGGACUCCCCGAUCCCAGAGCUGGCGGGCAAAGACUCGGGAGCUGACGGUGCCGGUACUUCGCCCCGCAGCCAGAACAAGCCCUUCAGCGUCCCCCACACCAAAUCCCUGGAGGGGCGGCUCAAAGAGGAGCUGAUUGCCCAAGGCCUGCUGGAGUCGGAAGACCGCCCCCCUGAGGACUCGGAGGACGAGGUCCUGGUGGAGCUGCGCAAGAGGCAGGCCGAGCUCAAGGCGCUCAGUGCUCACAACCGGGCCAAGAAGCAGGAGCUGCUCAGGCUGGCCAAGGACGAGCUGCACAGGCAGGUUCUGCGGCAGCGGGUGCGCAUGGCUGACAAUGAGGUCAUGGAUGCCUUCCGCAAGAUCAUGGCGGCACGCCAGAAGAAGCGCACGCCCACCAAGAAGGAGAAGGACCAGGCCUGGAAGACCCUGAAGGAGCGUGAGAGCAUCCUCAAGCUCCUGGAUGGCUAAUGGGGAAGUGCCACACCCUGCCCUGUCUCUCCAGACUAGCUGCCCAGCUGAGCUCCCGCUGCCUGCACUGACAGCUCCUUGCUGGGGACAGGGAGGCUCCAACCCUGGGCCUUAGCAGUGACUUCCCCGUCCCUGUCUCAGUGGGGCUGGGCACGGGCUCAGCUCUGCCUUGGGCCAGUCUGGAGGGGUUGCCAGGCCCUGGGGAGGCAGAGCCCCCAUGCGUAUCUCUGCCUGUGGCUCUGCACCUGGUAGCACCUCCCUGAGCAGCUCUCCGUACUCCCCCUUCUCCCUGGGGUGCUCAGCUUCUCUGCAUCUCCCUUCCCUACUAUGCUGUGCAAGGGGCGCUCUCCCUUCCCAGCUGCCGGUGGGAGCAGAUGGUGGGGUGGGUGUUGCGCAGGGCUGGGGCAGGGCCAAGGGCCCUUCUCCUAGGCCUGUUCUUCGGACCCCCGCUGCAGCCAAGGGCAAGGGAGGGCUCCCUCACCCGUCUGCCUGUAGGCAGCACCCUUUCCUUUCUGGCCCAUCUGGCCGUUGAUCCAGAGCCCUUGUCUGGCUGCAGGAAAGAGCCACCCAUCAUCCCCGGGACCGCACAAGCACAGCUGCCUGUCUGGAAGGAUCACUGGUCCCUAGAGGGCAGUUCCUGCUGCCUCCCUCCUGGUCCCGUGGGCAAGGGCAGGGGCUGACCAGCCCUGCUAGCGUAGCCCCAGCCUCCAAGGGGCCGAGCUCCCCUGUGCUGGGGAACACAGCAUGAAGCCAAGCAGGGAGGCGCUGCCUGGAGAAACCAGCGGCUGGCUUCACCCGUGGUUGGGUGCCCCCCGCAGUGCCCAGUUGUGAGCAGCAGAGGGUGCUGUGGCCCUGGGAACUGCUGCUCCUGCAGCCAGCUGGGCCCUGCUGUUAUUCUUGGAAAGCCGUGACAGCCAUGACAUCAGCCGUGCUGCAGCGGGGGGCUGGAGCAGCUGCAGCCCCCAGUCUCACUGCCUGGGUGGGGGGAGACAGACCUGCUGGACAGUGCAUCUCCGUUCCACUUCCAGCUCAGUCCCCAGGUGCGGAGAGAGCUGCCAAAGCAGGGGCCUGUAGCUAUGCCCCUGUCCCCCCACCCUGGGCGGGGGGCUGGCCCCUGGGGGAGCGGGGCUAGAAGGCUCUAUGGCUGGGGGCUUUCCAGCCCCAGGAGGGGGCAGCCGAAGUGCAGGGGGAAGGUGAGGCCCGAAGGGCAGCCCCUCGCUUUGCCUCAGGCCGGUGCAGCAGUGGGGUCAGAGCAUGCCCCUGCUGUACAGGUUACGCCAGGGCAGGUCUGGCAGUGCUGGGUGGGCAGGAAGGUGGUAGCAAAUGGAGGGGCAGGGGCUGGAUCUCUGCCUCUGUCCAGCCAGUGACUAGCCCCUGGGUGGGGGUGGGCAGCAGGGCCCGCUCCAGGGGCAAGCUCAGCCAGGCCAUCUGCCCUGCAGCAGGGAGAGCCCCACUCCACCUGGGGGCCUCUGGGGCCUGUGCGCCCCCUGCAGUCCUGCACUCAGCUGCAGAGGUGCCCUGUGUGAGGCUUGCCUCUCGGGGGGAGGCACAGGCCGUGCCUGGCUGGGAGAGCACCUUAGCCCUGGCUUGUGGAGCUCCUGGCUGUAGGAGCCAUCCCCAUGGGAGGGCAGGGACACCAUGGCUAGGGCUGUGCCACUGGGCAGAACCCAGAGAGAUUGAGCUGGGGCCAGGCAGGGUCCUGGGCUCCCCUCUGCUUAGGGGGAGCGGCCUCGCUGCUGAGAUUUGAGGCUCGGGGGCGUCUCAGCACUGAGGAGUGGGGUGCCACCGGCUGCUGCAGGGCGGAGCGGUGCUGAGCCUGGCCCCUAGGCAGGGCUCUGCCUGUGAAUGACGGCUUUUUCGCUGGUGGGAGAGGGGAGCCAGGUGCUGUGACCGGGGAGGGGGGCGAGGGGGGAUUGAGGUGGCUGUGCACCCAUCUCAUGUCAGUGCCCAGCACCACUGCCCGUGGGUGAGUGCUCUCUGCACAGGCCUGCCAGGGACUGGGGGGUAGGAGAGCAAAGCCCCUCCAAACCUAGCGGCAGCCCACAGGGCGGGGCGGGGGAAAGCUGCUACUUGCCUUGGGAGGGUGGGGGGAGGCGGUUGGAGUCCUAGCACCAGCCGCCUUCUGGGCUUCCCAAAUGCAGCUGUCUGCCCCUGGCCUCCCCCAGCCAAGGGUGCACAGGAUGGAACCCAUCUGCUUUGUUUUCUCUCCAGCCGUUUCUUCACUCACCUCCCUGUUCGCUGGGAGGCUGUGGGCCAGGCUGGGGCUGGUCCUUGGGCCCACUGGUCUGGGGGGUGGCCAGAGGGCCCUUGCACCACUUUCUCUGAAAGCUUGAAUGGUUGUACCAGGGCAUGAGUGUGGGAGCGGAUGAGGUGCCAUGGUGCCAGCAGCUCUGGGAGUCCCCUGUUGUUAGUGGCUAAAACCGGAGCAAACCCCCAGCUGAUGCUAAGGCAGGAAGGUUUCCUUGUCAUUCUGGCUAGGGCGGGAAGUGUGCCAGCUGAAGUGCUGGGACUGGACCGACUAG